AACGGUUGGCGCAAUGAACCGCACGCGCUCUCGCCAUCUUCCGUUCCCAUGAUGCAGCGCGUCAGCCUGUCUCUGAGUCCCUCCGAGCCGCCAUGUUGUCGGAGUGAAAGCUUGGAAGUCUGGAAAGAGAACCGGGGCUGAAAUCUGCGACCAUCUGCCCUCUCCGCCUGCCUUGGUGGAAUGAGCAGUGUGUGUGUGUUGAAGGGUAAAGCAGUGCUCUGGCAGGACUCAUUCAGCCCCCACCUCAGAACUUCAACUCCCAGCAUGCCCGUGGUGCUGAGCAGCGGAGGACACGCCCCCCCGGCCGGACAAACCCCACAUGCCCCGUCCCCUAGCCAACAGGGCGUGGCGGGUGCCGGUCGGUCUCAGGAUGAUGCCAUGGUGGAUUACUUCUUCCAGCGGCAGCACGGAGAGCAGCCUGGGAAACACCGCUGGCCCAUUGGGGAUAACAUCCACGACAGCCAGGUCCGGUCGAUGGAUGAGCUGAACCAUGACUUCCAGGCCCUGGCUCUAGAGGGGCGUGCCAUGGGAGAGCUUCUGACAGGUAAGAAGUUUUGGGAGAGUGAUGAAGCGGGGAAAGAUGGACCAAAGGGGAUCUUUCUGGACCAGUGGAGGGACAGCGCGUGGGGGGCCACAGACCACUCGGUAUCUCAGCCAAUCAUGGUGUCCCGUCGUCCUGGCGGUGGGUUCCAUAGCGGCGGGGAAGUGGGUGGGUCAGUGAUGUCACCGCGGUCAGAGAGUGGGGGUUUAGGAGUCAGUAUGGUAGAGUACGUCCUCUCCUCCUCUCCCGCCGAAAAACUGGACUCCUGCUUACGCAAGGGACCCUACGGUCCGAGGGAUGGAGAGGUGGAGGACGAGAAAAGGGAGAAACCAAAGGCCGUGUUUGAAGUAGAGAAACUCAAGGAGAUGACGGAGGGAGAGGGUGAUGUCAUCAGUGAUGCCAUCAACCCUAAUGGGCUCCCUGUGCAGAAUGGCCUGGACGUGGACGUCAAAGAGUACAGUCGUCAAGGCCAGAUGCCGCCUGCGGUGACAGACACUGACAUGAUGGGUGGUGUAGGGGGGUGUGUAGGAGGGGAGGGUAUGGUCCCCAUGGGAGGAGGCGGGGGUCCCAAACCCCAAGAGGACUUCUCUGGUGUGGAACAGGGUGUUACCAUGGAUACCAUGGAGUCUGUGAUGGAGCCUCUGCAGUUUGACUACAACUCCCAGAUGGCCAUGGACUCACAGCCCACUGUGGGGCUGUUUGACUACAGCAACCAACAACAGUUGUUUCAGAGACCCAGUGCUCUAGCACUGCAGCAGCUGACAGCAGCUCAACAACAGCAGUACGCCUUGGCAGCAGCACAGCAAUCUCACAUUGGUUUGGCUCCCGCGUUUGUUCCCAACCCUUACAUCAUCAGUGCGGGUCCGCCUGGAACUGACCCCUACGCUGCUGGACUAGCAGCUGCUGCAACACUGGGCCCAGCGGUGAUGCCUCCUCAGUACUACGGGGUAACUCCAUGGGGAGUGUAUCCAGCCAAUCUGUUCCAGCAACAGGCUGCAGCCGCCAACAACUCAGCCAAUCAACAGGCUCAAGGACAGAACCAGCAGAACCAACAACAGGUGAUGCGUGGGGGUGGUAACCAGAGACCCCUGACCCCUAGCCAAGGUCAACAGGGUCAGCAGAAUGACCAGCUGAUCUCCGCCGCAGCUGUCAACUCGGCGCUCGCCUUUGGACAGGGGCUGGCGGCCGGCGUGCCUGGCUAUCCCAUGCUGGCUCCAGCUGCCUACUAUGAUCAGACGGGGGCGCUAGUGGUCAACACAGGAUCUAGGGGUGGACCUGUACGCCUCAUGGCCCCUGCAGGCUCAGUUAUUAUCUCUCCAUCCGCUGCACAAGCAGUGGCGGCUGCAGCAGCUGCAGGUGGCGCGGCUAACGGCGGUAUGGGAGGCGGGGCCAAUGGUCCGUUCCGAGGCAUGCAAUCCCAGCAGCCUCAGCAGCAGGGGGGAGGGGCUAUGUCAGGAAACUCCUUUUAUGGAUCCUCCUCUCUCAGCAACUCCUCCCAGAGCUCCUCCCUCUUCUCUCAAGGUAGCCAAACAACGUACUGCUCCACCCAGCCAGGCCCUGGCUCUGCCUCUCUGGGGUUCGGUCAGAGCAACUCUUCACUGGGAGCUACGCUGGGAGCUACGCUGGGAGGCUUUGGGACCGCAGUGGCUAACUCCAGUGGUGGGAGUGGUUCUCGUCGUGACUCUCUGACCGGCAGUAGUGACCUGUACAAACGCACCCAGUCGAGUCUCACUCCCAUUGGUCACGGGGGGUUCUACAACGGAACCCUGGGCUUUAGCUCCUCCCCCGGGCCUGUCGGAAUGCCCCUGCCCAACCAAGGCCCCUCCCACUCCCUAACCCCACCCCCAUCUCUGUCCAAUCACAGCUCCUCAUCCAACCUCAACCUGGGAGGGCUGACCAAUGGCAGUGGUCGUUUCAUUUCUGCUGCUCCGGGGGCGGAGGCGAAAUAUCGCAGUGCCAGUUCUGGCUCCUCCCUCUUCUCUCCCAGCAGCCAGCUUUUCCCGUCGUCACGGCUACGCUACGGAAUGUCGGAUGUGAUGCCGUCAGGGCGGAGCCGGCUCCUGGAAGACUUCCGGAACAACCGCUACCCGAACCUGCAGCUGAGAGAGAUUGCUGGGCACAUCAUGGAGUUCAGCCAGGACCAGCACGGCAGCAGGUUUAUCCAGUUGAAGUUGGAGAGGGCCAGCUCAGCGGAGCGUCAGCUGGUCUUUAGUGAGAUCCUCCAGGCUGCCUAUCAACUCAUGGUCGACGUCUUUGGAAACUACGUCAUCCAGAAGUUCUUUGAGUUUGGCAGUCUGGACCAAAAGCUGGCUCUAGCAGAGAGGAUCAGGGGUCAUGUCCUGUCUCUGGCCCUGCAGAUGUAUGGCUGUAGAGUCAUACAGAAGGCCCUGGAGUUCAUCCCCUCAGACCAACAAGUUAUAAGUGAGAUGGUGCGGGAGCUGGACGGCCAUGUAUUGAAGUGUGUGAAGGAUCAGAACGGCAACCACGUGGUGCAGAAGUGUAUUGAGUGUGUUCAGCCCCACGCACUACACUUCAUAAUAGACGCCUUCAAGGGACAGGUGUUUGCCCUCUCCACCCACCCGUACGGCUGUAGAGUGAUCCAGCGUAUUCUAGAACACUGCCUUCCAGACCAGACCCUGCCCAUUCUGGAGGAGCUGCACCAACACACUGAACAACUGGUGCAGGACCAGUAUGGUAACUAUGUGAUCCAGCAUGUAUUAGAACACGGCAGAGCGGAGGACAAGAGUAAGAUAGUAGCUGAGAUCAGAGGAAACGUACUGGGGCUGAGCCAACACAAGUUUGCCAGUAACGUGGUGGAGAAGUGUGUGAGCCAUGCGUCCCGUGCAGAGCGGGCCGUGUUAAUAGACGAGGUGUGUAGCCUGACGGAGGGGCCCCACAGCGCCUUGUACACCAUGAUGAAGGACCAGUACGCCAACUACGUGGUUCAGAAGAUGAUUGACGUGGCUGAACCAACACAGAGGAAGAUCGUAAUGCACAAGAUCCGGCCCCACAUCUCCACUCUGAGGAAGUAUACGUAUGGCAAACACAUCCUGGCUAAGCUGGAGAAAUACUACAUGAAGAAUGGAGUGGACCUGGGCCCUCUCUGUGGCCCUCCCAAUGGCAUCAUGUAAACUACUACCCUUACACUCUAACCCUUAAGGACAAGACGGACCAACAUGUACGUCAGCCGUGUGCAGUAGAUCAUCUGCUGAGUGUGGGAGAAACGGUGGCCAUUCAACAUAAACGCCGACCACCCUCUCUCUGUGCACAGCUGACGUUGUAUUGGAAUGUCUUGUCUUCUGUACCAUAACCCCUGGCCUAUACCCUACAUGAAGAACGGAGUGGCCCGCCUAGUGGCAUCGUGUAAACUACUAUCCAUAUAUACCCCAUUAUUCCCGACACCCGUAACCCUAUACCCCCUCCUCCCCUUUAUUCCCCUCCUAAUGAGAUCAUGUAAACUACUAUCCUACCCCCCAAUUACAUCAUGUAGGACCCUCUUUAAAUACUCCAUCCCUCCCGCUCACUCUUACCCCCAUGGUAGCCCAUUGGGAGGGGCCUGUCUAAACAGGAAGCCUUGGUUAAUUUAGCCCCUCCCCCAACCCAAGCAUCCCACCCCUCCAUUCCUCUCCCUUUUUUUUGUUUUCCUUUAUUCGUCUUUUAAAUCAAUUAGAAUCAUUUAACUUUGUUGCUACUGCUGCGGCCACACACUGUCCUAGCGCAAGUAUGGGAUGGAACAAACGUAUUUAAUUUGUCUGACGUCACCAACUCAGACAACACACCAUACACAAACAGACACGCACACACCACACACACAUGCUACACAUGCACCCUACACACACACGCCAUGAGCUUACCAGCACACAGAUCAUUUAGCAUGGGAGAUUCGUUUCCGGUCUUGCUUCUAUAUAUAGCGUGUAUACUUGGUGUAGACCUUUGCAUAUAUAUAUAUAUAUAUAAAUAUAUAUAUAAAACUUUGUAGUUUUUCUGGUUUUUGAUGUUGAAUCUGUAUCUAUAAUGUAUCCUAGUAGUGAACACAUAUUUCUGACUGUAUAAUUGUACAUUUGUAAACCCUUGUAAUGUAAAAGUGAUUUACCACCCUUUUUGGUAUCAGACGAUAUAAAAAACAAAAACUCACACAAAAAACUAAAAUCUUAGAAAAACUAUUGUGCAUUUCAGUGUAUAUUCUCACCUCCUUGGUUGUGACAUAUAAGUUGUUGUAUAUUGUAAAUUGUAAUAUCAAAUUUUUGUUUUGAAAAGCCCUUUCUAUACUGCGUAGUACUUGUACAAAGCCCCCUCCCACCACCACCCUCUGGUUUGACCUUCUACUCACUGCCUGAACUACACCACCUCCCCAACCCCCAAACUACACUGCAAACGUGGUUUAUCCAUUUACUAAACAUUUGUUAGCCACAGUUGAAACGAAUCCACUGAAAUCAACGAGACAAGUCUUUUUACACUUCAAGUCUAUUUAAAACGCAGAGAGAGAACUGGCGUCUGACUGAAGUGUAAAUAACUGAUAAAGUGGUUUCCCACUUCUGGUGUAGCAGUCCAAAAACAUUACGCUUACGGAACACGCAAAACGUUUGCGGUGUAGUUUGGGGAUUGUUACCACCACCACAGGACACACUGUUAGUAGUAGUCAUUUCUGCUUUAACAUGAAGCUGUAUUUGUUUUUUAGAUCUUUUUAUAGGAAUUCUGAGGGAAGGGGGUGAGGGGCCAUGAGUUUAAAGGUAGACGCCGUGAUAUGACAUCGUACACAACGGAGCGACUUCCUGCUUGCAGACGUCUACAACAACCUAUUUCAAAUCUGCCAACACUACCACUAUUGGCUCAUCUUGAGGCAUGAUAUAUGAAAGGUGUUGUUACUUAAGUCUCAAAGAAGGAAGUAGCUCUACGGUGUACAGUCAUCGCUGAGUCUACCUCAAACCCCUCUAUCUGCCCAAUCUCCCCCUCUCUCAGGGGGGUAAAGUGAAACAAUGAGUUGUACAGAAAAGAGGAGAGUGGUGUGUUUUUUUUUUUUUGACCUAUAUUAGUCCUGUAAAAGUGAUGUAUCAUAUCAUAUGUCCAUGUCCCCCGGGAAAAGACCGGGCGUCGCCUGUCUUGCCCUCUGUAACCAUGAUUACCGCUGUGGCAGACGGCAGCGACACGGUGUACAUUUGGGGCAGCGAGCCUUGUGUAUAUGAAUAGGAGCACCACCUGUAACCAUAAUGUGUAUAGUUAUAACAGAAACCUGUGUAUGUUUAUUGCCUGGGCAACUAUUUUUUGUAACUCCUGUUGUAGAUUGUCUCUAAACAAUGAUGUGAGUCUUUAUUUUGAAACAAAACUGAACAAAAAAACAGUCAAAAUUUGAA